GUGUGUGUGUGUUUGUGUGUGUGCGCGCACGCAUGUCCUAGCCAGGAAAUUCUCUUUUGACGGUACUGGACGGAGAGACGACGUGGUGUGUGUGUCAGCUUAGCUCUUGCUAGAUCGAAGGGCCAGGAUGCUCAGCGCCAAGGUGCUGGCCGGGGUGUUGAUGUUAUGCCUGCCUUCGGCGUGGUUGGCAGGUGCCAGCAGCUGCCAAGGGCCCCCACUUAUCCCGGGGACCCCCGGUAUGCCAGGAGCUCCGGGGCCCAACGGCCAGGAUGGAGCGGACGGGAGCAAAGGAGAACGAGGUCCCCCGGGAAGAGUUGAAGACUACCGAGACGCCGGCGAACCGGGUGAACCCGGGAUGCCAGGUUUCCCAGGAAAAUUUGGGCCCCGGGGUCCCACGGGGGCUAAAGGUCCCCCGGGGCUCCCUGGUGACCGGGGCCCCAAAGGCGAAUCGGGUGAUGCCAAAGCCUCUCACCGGUCCGCUUUCUCGGCCGUGCGGGGCCCUACGUUUUCUCCCCGUCGGUCACAACCGGUCCGUUUCGACCGGGUCCUGGCCAACGUGGGCAACCACUACAACAACCGCUACGGCCAGUUCACCUGCCGGAUCCCAGGCAUCUACUACUUCACCUAUCACGUCACCUCGCGGGGCAACCUGUGCCUGCAGGUGAAGAAAGGCCGGGGUACAGCCAGCGGGGAGAACGUGGUGACCUUCUGCGACUACGUCCUGAACACCUUCCAGGUGACCACCGGCGGAGUGGUCCUGCGCAUGGCCCGGGACGAGAUGGUGUGGCUGGAGCCGACGGAGAAGAACUCCCUCCUGGGGGGCAUAGAAGGCGCCGACAGCAUAUUCUCCGGGUUCCUUCUCUUCCCCGAAUCGAACGUCUGAACCCCGUUACCUUUCGGGGAGGGGCAGGUGUCCAACUUUCCCGCCCCGCCCGCCCGAAAGGAUUAACACCGGUGGGCUUAGGAGUUGCAACCCUCCCCGUCUCCUUCCUCCUGCUCAGCCCCCCCCCUCUCUUUGCUUCACCCCUCCCCACUCCUCAAAUUAUUGGUCAGGAUUCCAGCAAUCGCCCCGCAUUAAAUCAUGAUUAAUCAUGAGGUAAUCUCCAAAAAAAAACCCGUUUUUUUUUCCUCUCCUUUAUGGCAAUUACU